AUGACCAAGAGGCAAUCCCGGGCCAUGCCUUGGGUGGGCCCACUGACCCCUGACGCUUCGCCGGAACUUGGACCAGUGGCAGAAUGGCAGCUCGACGAUCAACCAACCUUGGAUAUCCGUGACGAGAGCCUGUGUAGGGACAUCCAGAAACAGCUUGACCAGUCCUUUGGCAAACCAGAGUUGGGGUGUUUCUUCGCGCAACCAGACUCUCGAUGCUCUGCCACGUCUGAUUGGGACGAUGUAUUGUCCCCAGUUGCCAGCACAUUUUCGCUCGCUUUGAGCGAACCAACUUUCGACGACUUUAUGCAGCUCGACGACGUGACUGUUGCAGAGUCCGUAUGUGGCGACGAUCUGACGAGGCAACAUGCUUCAGCAUUUUCAUGCGGACCCUUGCUCACACUUGAGCCACCUUCGGUGAACGCAACGGCAACAGCUGCGGCUCACCAGGCAGCUCGUAUUGCCAGCAGAUUCGACUUUGACAUGCUCUACCUCGUCAACCUGUGGCCUGAACAAGGCAUAUCACGCCACGGGUCAGAAUCGGCCAUGACUGGGCGCAUUCUUGCCGCUUACGGGCUGCACAAUAUCCCUUCCCCUUUCCAGAUCUCCGAGAAAGUACACAGCGGUAUCCUCCGAGCCGACGGAUGGCUUGAGCACAGGGACGACGAGCCAAGUGACGGCGAAUUCGCGCGGGCUUAUGCAUGUGCAUUCUACCCAGGUCGUUACGAGGAACCGUCCGCAGCCCGCUACCCGUCCACUGCCGACCAAGAUAUCAUUGACAGAGGGCUGGUAUUUGCCGCCUAUCGCAAGCCCAGGGCCGACGAGAAGGUUCGUGACUCGGACACGGAGCUCGAGCGCCUCCGCUGUGAAGUUGAGACAAUGGUGGAUGUUGUCAUUGACAUCCACGUUGCUCACCAGCUGCGGCAACCUCCUCUCAGGGGCCCUUAUUGUCUCAAUUCUGGCCCGAUGCCCUCGAGCUAG